AUGGACGAACUGCCAAAGGACUUCCCUGUGCCGUUCGAAGAAGCGACCCGCACUGUCUACCGCUCGCACAACGGCUCCCUCGUUCCCGCAUUCCGCCUCGACUCGAUUCUGCCAGACUACACCGCAGCUGCAGCUUCUCGAGCCUUCGAUGCUUCGCCUCCUCAGCCCGUCUUUACCCAGCCUGCACCUGCAUCUGCGCCUUCGCCUAUCGUAAUCGCUCAGCCAAAUGCGCCGACUCAGACUGCACCUCUCUUUCCCGCACCCUCGCCCUCGCCCGCGCCCGCACCCGCACCCGCACCAGCUCCGGACCCGCCCGCGCGUACACUCGCCCCGUCGACCCGAUCAAGCGAGAUGGGCUGGCCAGCCUUCAGCCCAUUCGAAGCUCGUGGCGGUCGCGAGAUCCGCGGGCUCGUCGUCGAGCUGCUGCCCGAGCCACAAACGGAGGCUGAGCAGGCGGAGGCUGGCGCAGAAUGGGCGGCACGGGCGCUGGACGACGGGGAGACGCGAGCGGCAUACGAACGUAUGCAGGCCUACAACGCCGAGGCUUUGGGCGCGCACCAUGUUCUCCCGACGUACCCCGUCUUCCGUUCGCUCGCCCCGCAUCUGCCGGAGUGGGUGCGGCGUUUCGACGGGAUGCUCCCUCGAUGGCGCAGUCCUCUCGACCGCGAGCUCGUCGCCGGCGAGAUUGCCAAGCCUUUCCGGUACACGUAUCUCUGGCAUGUCGAGAUGAGUGCCGAGGCAGCAGGCGAGCUCGUCGAUGGCCUCAACACGAGCCACAUCGCCAGUCUCGCCGAGUCGAAGGGCGUCCUUCACAGCUUCCUCCUCUGCGUCACGGCUCUGACCGACAAGCUCGAUGCCAUUUUCGACAUUGACGAGGAGCCGACCUCGAUUCGACUCUCGCUCUACGUCGGCUGGGGCGCUGGGUCAGAACUACAGCUCAACAACGAGGUCCGGCCGCUCGGUCACCUGGCGGACCCUGCGUCCCUCUUCUCCGUCCUCCUCCAUGCCCUUCAACCCGUCCAAUCCGCCUAUCCGCCCGGCGACGUCCAGCUCUUCCUCACUUUCGUCACCGCCCUCCCCUCCUCCGUCUACCCUUACUCGCGUUCCGUCACCAUGGCGAGUGAAGUCACGAAUGCGGUCGCUUCGGGUGCAGCGUCGACGGCUGGUGCCGCCAACGCUAUCUCGUGCGGACCGGUCGUCCCAUCGCAGCUUCUCAUCUCGUACCUCUCGCAACUCAAGCCCGAUCAACCUCUCGACCCGAAUACCCUCCCCAAACGGCGCCCCCUCUCCCUCCGCGCUCUCGCGCUCGACAAAGGACUCUCGCGCCGCGUUGAGACAACAGGCCAGUUGACCGUCGAAAUGAUGACUCGUCCGUCUGGCGGGGGAGGCGAAGAAGCGGUCGAGGACGACGACGGAGGAGCGGAGGAGUCGGAUGCGCGGCAGCGGCGGCUUGAGAUGAUGCGCGAGGAGGAGGAGAGGCUGAAAGAGGCCGACAAGCGGGACUUUGGAAUGGAGUUGUGGGCGGCACGCGAGGAGGACAGUUCGGCCGCGUCUCUCACCGCGAAGCAGCGCCUUUGGUCGACCGUAAUGUCGACCUAUCGCAUCGCUUCCGCCGGCGCCACAACGCAGCCAACCGACGACAUCUCUUCGAAGUCGAAGCAGAACAUGUCGCUCGACGAGCUCAUCGAGAUCCGCUACGGCUGCCUCAACGCGUCGACGGCACAGCUCGACAACCUCCUCCAAACCCACUUCCCUCACCUCGUUGCGCGAGUCCAAGGCGCCAACCUCCGCCUCGACACCUAUCGCGACCUCGUCCAUGCGCUCCUCAGCCGUCACCACCACGCCGGACGCAGGACGACAAACCUCUUCCUCCCUAACGAGCUCGCUACGACCGGCUCGCCCUUCACGGCCAAGACAGUCCGCGAAGUGUCGGUCCAUCACACUGGAAAUCCCAGGCUUGCCAUCCGCGGCGUUGCCGUCUCCCGCACUGGAGAGGUGCACCAGCUGCGAGCGGUCGCCUUCGUCGCCGCUUUGCCGGAGGACACGCAGUUUGACUUCGUACUGCGUUGGUCGCAGGAUGGGCAGGUUCUGCAGUUGUUGCAUGACGGGGAGGUAGUGCGAUAUGGGUACGAGGGAAGGAAGGGGAGGGAGUGGUCGAAGGAGGACCUGCGCAAGUCGAACAUGCGCGUCUUUCUCUCUCUCGUUCCCUAA